AUGCGCUUGACUGGCCAAUCAGUGGUUGGGCUCAGCUUUGGCCUCCACUUGGGGAGGAACAUCUCCCGGACACACCGAGCUCGCCGAGCACACCGAGAUGGCCCGCAGCCAGUCCCAGCCUGGAGGGCCUCGAAGGUGUCCAGAGACCGGCGCCACCACGUGAAGUGCGGGGGCAGGGACUCUGAGCGCUCUGAAAGCUCUGAAAGCUCUGACAGUUCGGGUGAGCCCCUCUACGAAGAACGCUUCGACGAGGUGCUACCCUUCCAUGCCCCUGGCCUGGCCCCUGUGCGACGGGGAAGCCAAGCGUGGCACAUCUUUGCAGACGGGCACCAGGCUUACCAGAGUCGAUUCCUUCGCACAUUCGGCUUCUAUGAAGGCCGCGCCGCGGUGAUCUCGCCUGAAGGCUGGCACCACAUCCUCCCAACAGGCCAAGAUCUUUACACAGAGCGAUACGCAUAUGGCAAAGAUUCAGCCGAGGACUGGUGCGGGAACUUCCAGGCCCACUUCUGCGUGGUCCGCGGCAACGGCCGGUAUUUUCACUUGGAUGAGUCCGGCCACAAGCUAUACGCCGAGUCCUGGGACUACACCGGCGACUUCCGCGAGGGCUCCGCAGUAGUGCACCGGGGGGGGUCGGCCACGCACGUCGACGCGGAAGGCAAUUUCCUCCACGGAAGGUGGUUCAGGGACCUGGACGUCUACCACAAGGGUUUGGCCCGCGCCAAGGACACCAAGGGGUGGAUGCACGUCGACGAGACGGGUGCUCCACAGUACCAGCGCCGCUUCAAGCUGGUGGAGCCCUUCUACAAUGGCCAGGCACGGGUCCAGUGCUUCGACGGCGGGUUCGAGGUGAUUGACGAAAGUGGAGAGCGCUUGGUGGAAAUUCAGCCAGCGGCUGGGGAGCAUGCGGAUGCCUUCAGCUCUGUGUCCGCAGAUUUGGUUGGCUUCUGGAAGACCCAGGCGCUGUGCACCGCCGUGGACCUGGAGCUCUUCGACUUGCUCCCUGCGAGCCUCGAAAACCUGGCAAAGGCCACCGGAGCUCAGAAUCCUCAGAAGCUCCGCCGCCUCCUCGCUGGCCUGGCCGAGCUGGGCUAUGUCGAGAAGGACGUCCCCUGCGAGUCGAGCGAGGUCAGCGAGGUUUGGAGGGCCGCCGAGAAAGGCGCGUUCUUGCAGCGCCGGCACCCGCUCACGCUCGCAGACGCAGCUCAGGAGUAUGGCCGGCACCUGACGGCCUCCUGGGCCAGCCUGGCAACCAAGCUUUCCCAGGACUCCAGCCCAAGCAUCUUCAAGGAGGUGGCUGCCAGCCGGUGUGCCUCCCAUCACAGGAUGCUGCAGAGCUACGCCAGGCACGACUACGGUGAAGUGCCGAAGGUGCUUCGUUUUCUGGACCAGAAGCCUUCUCAGAAGCCCUUGGUGGUCUUGGAUGUGGGAGGUGGCACCGGCACGCUGUCGAAGCUCCUGCUGGCCGAGUACCCGGAGCUUGAAGUCGUUGUGCUCGACCUUCCCGAGGUUCUGGAACAGAUCGAGGACCCUUUGCCCAGCGGGCUACGCCUUUGUCCGGUGGAUUUGCAGUCAGACUGGAGCUCGGAGGUGCCGCAAGCAGAUGUAGUGCUUCUUGCGCGCGUCCUCCAUGACUUCUACGACCAGGCGGCGCUGAGCUUGCUGCGCACAGCAGCUGGCGCCUUGAAAGACGGAGGGCGGCUGGCGGUGGUGGAGUUUCUGCGGCCAGAAGAGGGCUUCAGCGGAAGUCUCUGCGACCUGCAUCUCCUGGCCGUCACAGGCGGACAGGAGAGAACCCGAAGCGAAAUGGACGAGCUGUUGAGAGGUGCCGGAUUUGCCCAGUCCGAGCUUUAUGAGAUGAGUUCGCUCCCCUCUGUCAUUGUUUCAAUGAAGCAACCAGAGACAUGA